AUGAAUCCCCAAGCACUAUCUUUCUCACUUGUGACAUUGUUGCUGCUGUUUGUGAUCAACAUAGAGGGUGGCAAUUCAAUACCAGCAGCUCCACUGAAUGGAAAUGCCACCAAUACUGAAACAUCAACAUCAUCACCAAGGAUGAAUGAUGGUGUUGUUGUGAACCAAAUACCCCCCAUCACUGGAUGUACUACCGCACCAUGGAUAUGUAGCCAAGGUGAAAUUCCAGCAAGAUAUGUGUGCUGUUAUGACAGGUGUGUGAAUGUGGAAACAGAUGCAACCAAUUGUGGAUUGUGUGGUGUCAGAUGCAGAAAUGGUUAUCGAUGCUGCAACCGUUUCUGCACCAACACAAACUUGAGCCCUCUCAACUGUGGUGGAUGUGGGAAAAUUUGCCCCAUUGGAAGGUUGUGCAUUCUUGGCGUGUGUGCUUUUACGCCGGUGCUGCCACAGCCGCAGCCACAGCCACAGCCAAAGCCAGUGCUUCCGCCAGCGCCACUGCCACAACCACCACUAGCUCCACUACCCUCUCCUGGACUACCAGAGCAAAAACCACCACAGCCCUAG